UUGACCGGGCAAAUAAAUAUCCAAAAUCCACUGUGAAAUCAGAGGCUUCCAGCUCAGAAGUGACCAGCGGUUCUCAAAACAGUUUGCACUUGUGUUUUACUGCAGCAGGGAAAAACAUGGUCAGCAGAUUUGAACACCCAGCUGGUAGCUACAAGAAAAUCUUUGAGACGUGCGAGGAGCUUGCUGAACCUUUGCCAGCAACAGUCACAGGUAGAAUUCCCUCAUUUCUGAAGGGAAGUCUUCUCCGUCUGGGACCUGGACUAUUUGAGGUUGGAGAUGAACCUUUCUAUCACCUCUUUGACGGACAGGCCCUUAUGCAUAAAUUCGACUUUAAGAAUGGCCAGGUCACUUACUACAGGAAGUUCAUCCGAACAGAUGCAUACGUCCGAGCCAUCACAGAAAAACGUGUGGUUAUCACUGAGUUUGGGACAUUUGCCUACCCAGAUCCCUGCAAAAAUAUCUUCUCCAGGUUUUUCUCCUAUUUUAAAGGAGUUGAGGUCACAGACAACUGCCUGGUCAAUGUUUACCCUAUAGGAGAGGAUUUCUAUGCUGUGACAGAAACUAACUACAUCACUAAAGUGAACACAGAUACACUGGAGACCCUAAAGAAGGUUGACAUGUGUAACUACAUAAACAUCAAUGGAAUCACAGCUCAUCCCCAUAUUGAGACAGAUGGCACUGUAUAUAACAUUGGAAACUGCAUGGGAAAAGGUGCAACACUGGCCUACAACAUUGUGAGGAUCCCUCCCACACAGAAAGAUAAGUCAGACCCUAUUGAGAAGUCCAAAGUGGUGGUGCAGUUUCCCAGUGCUGAGAGGUUCAAGCCAUCUUAUGUGCACAGCUUUGGCAUGUCAGAAAACUACUUUGUCUUUGUUGAGACCCCAGUGAAGAUCAACCUGUUGAAGUUCCUCAGCGCCUGGAGCAUCCGAGGUUCCAAUUACAUGGACUGCUUCGAGUCUAAUGAAAGCCAAGGAACCAUUUUCCACAUUGCCAAGAAAGACCCUGGAGAGUACAUCGACCUGAAGUUUAAAGGAGCAGCGAUUGGCAUGUUCCACCACAUCAACACCUAUGAGGACCAAGGAUUCAUUGUUGUUGACCUGUGCUCAUGGAAAGGAUUUGAGUUUGUUUACAACUACCUAUGGUUGGCCAACCUAAGAGCCAACUGGGAGGAGGUAAAGAAGGCAGCCAUGAUGGCACCCCAGCCAGAGGUGCGGAGAUAUGUCAUCCCUCUUGACGUCCACAAGGAGGAGCAGGGGAAGAAUCUUGUGAGUCUGCCGUACACCACAGCCACAGCUGUCAUGCAUGCUGACGGGAUGAUCUGGCUGGAGCCUGAGGUGCUCUUCUCCGGACCUCGUCAAGCCUUUGAGUUUCCACAGAUUAACUAUCAAAGGUACGGAGGGAAGAAUUACACAUACGCCUAUGGCCUGGGACUCAACCAUUUCAUACCAGACAGGAUCUGCAAACUGAAUGUGAAGACCAAGGAGACCUGGGUUUGGCAAGAGCCUGAAUCUUAUCCAUCAGAGCCCUUGUUUGUUCAGACUCCAGAUGGGGUAGAUGAAGAUGAUGGAGUCAUCCUUACCAUUGUUGCAGCUCCUGGUUCCCAGAGGCCAGCAUAUAUGCUCAUACUAAAUGCCAAGGAUCUGUCAGAGAUCGCAAGGGCAGAAGUAGAGUGCUCCAUUCCCGUCACUUUUCACGGGAUGUACAAACAGUGAUGAUCCAGUCCAUUUUUAUGAGAUGCCACUCAGCAUGAAAACAAUGAAAAGGAUAUAAAGCAUCUUUGCGCCAGCAUAAUAGUUUUUAGAGAGAAAAUAAUUCAUUUAGAUCAAAUACAACUUGUUAAGGGAGCCAUAUGUUUAGAGCUGGCCAUUUCAUAACCAACUAAAAAGACACACAGCUUUAAGUAAAUAACAUUCUGGUUUUGAAUUUCUCGCAACAAACACUGUAGCAUACAUAUGCUAUUGUACCAUAUGUAAUGCUCAGACUUUUCAAACAUGCUGAAAAAUGUGAUAUGAUUGUUACUCAGCACCACUGAAAACAAUGUUACAGCAAUGACCCAAUUAUAAAGUUCCUUUAUCUCAUGAUAUGCUAUACAGAUGCUCUGUUUGCACUGAUGAAAAUUCACUCACCUUGACAUGAAGACAUGUUUGAAAUGGCUCCAACGACAGAACAGCCCAACCUAGUUUCUGAUUGAUUCAGGCACCUUUUAGAUAUACCAACACAUGUGACAGCAGCUUUAAUAGAAUUAUUUUCUUUUUAAACAAUGCACAAAAUGUUUGUGAAUCCCCAUGCUCCUGUUAUUUUCAUUGGAAAUCAGUGUUUCAGUACAAGCAUUUCACAAGUUAAAUAAUGCUAGGCUUAAGCUAAACACAACACAUUGCUCAUCCUAAAUUCUUGAAAAAUAUCCAGAGAUUUAAUAUGAAACCACUGAAAAUCUACUUACUGGCACAUUUGAAUCAGUGGUCACUUGAUAUUUGCUCCAGUGUGUUGCCUGAAUCUGAUCUGAAAAGUGAACGCAGGCAGAUUCUGGAACCCUGCAAAGCUAAGAUGAAAGACAUGUUGCAAACAAAAUGUUCUUUUCAAGUACAUUAAAAUUGGUAUUUGAUCUUG